UAGUUAGUUAAUUGUGUCUAUGGUUUUUUUUAUAACAUAAUUACAAUUAAUCUUGAUUAACAGGACCAAUGUGAGCAUCAUCAUCAAAUUACAAUUAUAAUUAUGAUCAUCUUUUUUUUUUGAUGUUCUGUCUUGGUGUUAAUUAUAAUUUAAAUUGUUAAAUUGUUUCAAAGUAAAUCCAUUUCGUUAACUAGUCAACAAGUGAAUUGAAUUGAAUUAAAUUGUUUAAACAACAAUUAACUUACUCUGAGGUGUUUAAGAUAAUCAAAGAUGCCAAAUGAUAAGGAUGAAGAUAAUGUUGAACAGAUUGAACUGACCAACGGAGGUGGGCUCAUCAAAGUGGUCAUCACCAACCCCACUGAAGGUGAAGGUGUUAAUGGUCAAGGGGCUGAUGGUCAAGGGGCUGAUGGUGCCGGUGGUUAUGUUAAUCUAAAUUUUGAUAAAAGUGAUUUAGUUGAUGGUGAUCUUGGAAAUCGCCGUGGAUCCAAAUGGUCAGAAGUUGAUUUUCCAGGUACAAUAUUACCUGCAAUUAGUGAGGAUAAUGAUGGUAGUGGUCAUCGAGAUGGGGCUGAAAAGGGUGACCAGGUAAAUGGACAAUCGGAGGCGUUACAUUUAAUUACAACAUCGAAAGCACCAAUUAAGGAUUUCACCUUAGAGGUUAGAGCGACUCUAGAUAUUAAACAUUAUCUCAGUGAUUUGACAAUUGAAUUAGAGUGUCAACAAUUAGAUGGUCAUCUUUACAAUUUAACUAAUCAUUUACUUAAAAAGAUGAAUCAACAAUCUAAAUCUAAAUCUAAAUUUGAUUUAGAUGAAGUGAUGGGAACAUUGUUUUCAGACAAAGAGUAUAAAUUGAUCACUAAUCGUAUUCAAGGAGUGACAACAAAUGAUUCUGGUUCGACCAUUUUUGAUCAAUCAUGGGUUUGCCUAUUAGGUUCGGGUGUCUCUGUGAAGAAACAUAUGAUCGGCUUGGGACGAACCACUGGUCCAAUUAACUUGGGCGAUUCCAUGGAGAAUAUUAGAUUUAUUUUAAUUAUAUUAACACCGACAAUUGAGAAACCAACAAAAAGUUCUUAUGAAAUUGGUCGAACCUUUUCAACUCUUCUUAUGGACAGUUCGCUUCGUUUUGAUCUGCUCGAAUCACCAAAUGAAGAAUCGGCUAAACAUUCAAUUAAACAGAAAGCGGAAGAACUUUCAAUCAAGGAAUCAUCUAGUUCUAAGGUUAAAAUAAUCCACGGGUUGGACACAAAUCUUUGGGAAAAUAUCACCCGAAGGGCUCGUUGGUAUCACACUGAUUUUAUCGACGGCAUCGUGGGCAAGAAAACGGUCCACAAAACACUGGCCACUUCGCUUUUCCUUUAUUUCGCCUGUUUGUUACCUUCCAUUGCUUUCGGUGUUUUAAAUUCCAAAAACACCAACGGAUUAAUUGGUCCGGAAAGAGCGUUAAUUGGUCAAGCUCUUGGAGGAAUAUUUUUCGCUCUAAUCGGAGGUCAACCUUUGGUAAUUAUCGCAACAACCGCACUCGUCUCAUUGUAUAUCAAAGUUGUCUACGAAAUCAGUAAUCAAUUGGAGGUCGAUUUCUUCAUCAUGUAUGCAUCGGUCGGCUUUUGGAAUACCCUUUUCGUCUUGGCCUAUGCGAUAUUUGGUUGGAGUAAAUUGAUCAAAUUUGCAACUCGAUCAGUUGAGGAAAUAUUUGCACAAUUUAUAACAAUUUGCUUCUUCUAUGAUGCAAUUAACGGAUGCAUUGAAAGUUUCCAUAAUUACUAUUACACUGAUGUGUGUAAAAAUUUAUCCUCAACAAUCAACACAAACAAUUUAAAUACUACAACAAUUAACGAUGAGCCAAUUGUUUGCCAACGAGAAGGAGCCUUGUUACAUUUACUAUUAACCUUAGGAACUGUUUGGCUUUCAUUGCAAAUCUACAAAUUCAAUCAAAGUCCAUUUUUAAGUCGAGGUAUGAGAGAGCUCGUAUCGGAUUAUGCUCUUCCAAUCGGUGUACUUGGUUUCGCUGCAAUUGGUAAUUUAAUUUUCGCCGACAUUGAAGUUGAUUCAUUUGAUUUCUCCAAGUCCAUUUCGGUUGAACGAGCUUAUGUCGAUUUCAGUUCGUUCAAAGUUAUCGGGACAAGUAUCGUCUUGGGUUUCGCUUUGUCCCUGUUGUUUUUUAUGGACCAAAAUAUUACCGGUCAAAUAGUUAAUGCACCGACUAAUCACUUGAAGAAAGGAUCAGCUCCUCAUUUGGAUUUACUGAUUAUCGCCGUGAUUAACUGUACCUUAUCCUUUUAUGGUCUUCCCUGGAUGCACGGGAUUUUGCCUCAUUCACCGCUUCAUGUACGAUCUUUGGCCGAUACUGAGGAGAGAAACAACCAGGGACUGAUAGAGACUCAAAUUAUUCGAGUUCGAGAAACUCGGAUAACUGCUCUUGUCUCAAAUAUACUCAUUGGAUUAUCUUUAUUCAUGAUUCCUUAUCCACUUAAUCUUAUUCCGGUUCCGGUUCUUGAUGGUCUCUUCCUUUACUGUGCUUUUGCAUCACUCAGGGGAAGUUCAAUGUUCCAAAGGAUUUGUUUACUCUUCCAAGAGCAGUCUUCAUAUCCACCUAAUCAUUAUGUUCGUCGAGUUCGUCAACGAGUCAUUCAUAUGUUCACUUUAUGUGAGUUAAUUCAACUCGCUAUUUUGGUCUUUGUUGGAUUGAUCGCUCCAUGGGCUUACCUGAGAAUGGCCUUUCCAGUUUUCAUCGCUCUUCUAAUGCCCGUCAGACAUUACAUCUUACCUGUUUUCUUGAACAAAAAGACUCUGAAACUUUUAGAUUCUUAUGGUUAAAUGAUUGGAAUCAAUUAACUAUCAUCUUAAUCGUUGGAUUAAUUUUCGAUUUUUGAAUAACUGAUUUUUUAGAAAAAAUGAAAAAAGAAAAAACUUAUCAUCAAAUUGAUUUCUAUCGAUACUGAUUAUUGAAUUUCUACCAUUGAAAAAGUGGUAAAAAAUAAACGAUAUUAAAAUUUUCGCAGUUUAUUAUUAAA